AUGCCGUUGUUCCACACAUUGAAGGGAUGUAUUGAGAAAAGGAAUUUCCAGUUGACGAAUGAAGCAGAAAAGGCGCUCCAAAGAAUCAAGGAAGAACUACAUGAAUUACCCACGCUGGACAUCCCCAUCCCUGGAGAGACGUUACAGGUGUAUCUCUCGACAUCAGGCGAAGCAAUAUCUUCAAUAUUGACGGUCGAAAUGGAAGGGGAACAGAAACCGAUAUACUUUGUUAGUAGGGCGCUGCAAGGACCGGAACUCAACUAUCCCACACUGGAGAGACUGGUCCUGGUGCUCAUCUAUGCGGUGCGACGACUAAGGCGGUACUUUCAAGCACACCAGAUCAAGGUGCUCACGAUUUACCCCAUCAAACAGAUACUACUCAAGCUGGAGACGUCGGGCCGACUGGCGAAGUGGGCAAUCGAACUAGGAGAGCACGACAUAAAUUACCUCCCAAGGACGAGUAUCAAGGGUCAGGCACUAGCUGAUUUCUUCCUAGAAAUUCUGGACGGAGGGGACCCAACCAAAGAGAAAAUGUGGGCAGUUGAGGGGGCCCCGGCUGACAACACAUCAAACAAUGAAGCGGAGUACGAAACGCUACUCGCAGGAUUGCGUCUAGCCAAGCAGAUGGGCGUGAAAGCCAUAACGGCCCUAACCAACUCGAGGUUAGCAGCAAACCAGGUUAAUGGGAGUUUUGAGGUGAGAGAUCAAAGGAUGGGAAAGUAUGUAAAUAUGGUAAAGCAAUUGGUAGGAUUAUUCGAGCGGUUCACAAUCAAGCAGAUACCUAGGAGUGAAAACAAGAGUGCAGACGCUUUAAGUAAGUUGGCAUCCACAUGCUUCGGCCAUCUGUCGAAGAAGGUCCUAGUGGAGGUACUUCGCGAAAUAAGUAUAAACGAGCAGCAGGUGAAUGCUCUAGCCCCACCCGGACCCACGUGGAUGACACCGUUCCGGGAAUACCUACAAAGAGGGGUACUACCAGACGACCAUGGGGAGGCUAGGAAGAUACGUAUAAAAGCGCCUUCAUACGCAAUGGUUAACGGGGAAUUGUACAAGAAAGGGUUUACGGCCCCAUGGAUAAAGUGUGUGGACCAAGCCAAAGGGAAAGAGAUGUUACAAGAAGCACACUCAAGCCAGGUAAGCGCACACGAAGUGGCGCGAGCUUUAACGGGAAAGGUGUUACGUAUGGGGGUGUACUGGCCGACGAUACAGCAAGAUGCGAUAGAAAUGACCAGGAAAUGUGGGGAGUGCCAGUAUUACGCCCCAGUCCAAGCGAAUCCCCGGUACCGCUGCAUAGCAUAUCCAGCCCAUGGCCAUUCUACCAGUGGGGCAUAG